AUGAUCCAACCGGUGCUUCGCUAUGUUGCUAAAGGUGAAGACGUACUUCUCCAAGUUCAUAAUCUUCCAAAAGAAGCGCUAGUGUUUUCCUGGCUCAAAUCAAACAAUGGGAGCCCAGCCCGUAAACUUGUAGAAUACAAUAGAUUAGCGAAUGUUAUCUCCUGGCUGCCUGCAGAGGAAAUAAGAAAGGAGGUGUAUGAAAAUGGAUCCCUGCUGCUUCAGAAUGUCAUUGAGAGUGAUGCAGGGAUGUACACACUCGAAGUUUUAUACAACUAUUUCAAAACUGAAAGAGCAAAUGUGGAGUUUUAUGUAAAGAAGUCUGUGACAGAGCCCUAUGUGCAAAUCACUGACACCACUGUCACAGGAGGUACAUCUGUGAUCUUGACCUGCGUUUCACCUGAUACUGAUGUCUCUAUCCGUUGGAUCUUCAAUAAUAAUAAUCUGGAGCUCACAGAGAAGAUGACUCUGUCCCCAACAAAGUGUGGACUCAGAAUAGAUCCUGUAGGGAGAGAGCAUUUUGGACUAUACCAGUGUGAGGUCUCCAAUCACUUCAGUUUGCAGACCAGUUACCCAAAGGAGGAAGAACAGCAGAGCCUGAGUUCUGUGUUGGAGCUGAGGUUCUUCUCCUCAGACGGAGGACAGCAAGUGAGAAGAUUGAUGGAGUCCUCUGUGCUUCUCUGCAAGGGGUGUACCCCGUGGCAGAGGCUUCUGCUCACAGCCUCCCUUUUAACCUUCUGGCAACUGUCCACCACCGCCCGUAGGACCACUGUGUCAGUGCCACCCCUAGUGUCUGAAGGAGAUGACGUCCUGUUCCUUGUCCGCAAUCUGCCAAAGGACAUUAAAUCCUUAGCCUGGUUCAAAGGGCAAGGAAACACAACCAAAAAAAUUGCAACAUAUACACGGCACAACGAUUUAAGUAGGCGAGGUCUUGCGUACAGCAAUAGAGAGACAAUAUAUCACAACGGAUCUAUGCUGUUUGAGAAGGUCACCCUGAAGGACUCAGGAUCCUAUACCCUACAAACCUAUAAUAGACAUGGAAAAAAUGUAUCAACAACAUCUGUGAUCCUCAAUGUUAAAGCUUACCUUUGGAAGUGUGGGCGCCUUUCUACCUCUUCACAGCCCAGGAUUGAAUCAGUGCCACCCAGCGUUGCUGAAGGGAGAAGUGUUCUUCUACUUGUUCGCAAUCUCCCAGAGCGUGUUACAGCCUUUCUCUGGUUUAAAGUAGAGAAAGACUUAAAGAAAAGCCUUCUGGCUUUCCACUAUUUUCCAUUCGAAAAACCAACUUUUUGGGGGCCUGCAUACAGUGGCAGGGAAACGGUCAACAAUGAUGGGUCCCUGCUGCUUCACAGUGUCAGUCAGAAAGACCGUGGACUGUACAUACUGCGAAUUGUGAAAGCAGAUGAUGAAGAUGAAGAAGCAAAAGUGCAACUCCAGGUGGACAAUUCCCUUUCUGCGUUCUGCAAUGCUCUCACUCCUUCCCAACUCAUGAUCCAACCGGUGCCUCGGUAUGCAGCUGAAGGUGAAGAUGUACUUCUUCAAGUUCAUAAUCUUCCAGAAGAAGCACAAGUAAUUUCCUGGCUCAAAUCAAAUGAUGGGAGCCCAGCCCGUAAAUUUAUAGUAUACAACAGAACCAAGCCUUCUAUCUCCUGGGGGCCUGCAAAGAGAAUAAGAGGGAAGGUGUACAAAACUGGAUCCCUGCUGCUCCAGGAUAUCAUUGAGAGUGAUGCAGGGAUGUACACACUGGAAGUUUUAAACAAAGAUUCCAAAAUUGAAAGAGCAAAUGUGGAGUUUUAUUUAAAGAAGCCUGUGACACAGCCCUUUGUGCAAAUCACUGACACCACAGUGGCAGGAGGUGAUUCUGUGACCUUCACCUGCAUUUCACCUGACACUGAUGUCUCCAUCCGUUGGAUCUUCAAUAACAGUACUCUAUACUUCACAGAGAGGAUGAAGCUGUCCCCAACAAAGUGUGGACUCAGAAUAAGUCCUGUCAAGGAAAUGGAUAGUGGAAAAUAUCAGUGUGAGGUCUCCAACCACUUCAGUUCGAAGACCAGUCUCCCAGUUUCCUGGCCGUGA